UCGAUUAUUCCAAGAAAAUGUUCGGUUAAUUUCCAGUGCUUUGGCGACGGCCGUGAGCCACGGACCGAUGACUUCGCACACAGCCCCGGCCCUCCUUUUUUACUAUCGCUUACUCCAUCGUAACAUCCCCGCCGUUCACCACCAACACAUAAUCUAAUUCAUUGUGUUCACAUUUCUAGACCUGGCAACCGAGUGACAUGUGCUCCUUGACGGCUUGGAAAAAAUAAAUAAAGGCCUCGCCGAUGACCUUUCGGCUCGUCUAGGUGGAUGAGACACGGCGAAAUGUACGGAUAACACCGGAACACGGCUCUUUAUAACAAGUGUGUUAUGUCAAUGAAAAAAUUGGCAUUCUUAUCGGCGAUUCAUAAUGACGAAAGACUAAACGGUACAGACAUGUACCCCACACCUGGGUCGCCUCCCGCUCCGGUGCAUGGGGUCAACGUGAUGCUGGGAGGGGCUAUGUUGAGCGGCAUAAUCCUGGUGGUCUUUAUAAUGUGCUACUGUUGCCACAAAACCAACCGAAAGUCCCAAUCCCACCUGCCAACCUAUUGGCGCGAUCCCGGACUCUCACUGGAAAUAUACACGGUCGAGUCUGGACAGAACUGGCUGGUCGCCGAAGACUUCACGACGGAAGCCAACCGACCGCCGACCCCCGGUCCGCCGCCCGCUUACGACGUGGUGGUGCCGAUAACGAAGGAAGAUUUGGAUCUGGAACGAACGGACGAGUCGGGACUUCCGACGUACGAGACUGCGGUCCAAUUAAGUCACGGUUACGUGUAAAGAAACAGGGUCAAAAGACAAUUCGAACACUAACAGACAUCAC